AUGACGCAGCAAGCCAAAAUUCUCAUAGUGGGCUGCGGCUCUGUCGGAACCAUGUGUGCCUACGCACUUCAGAUUUCCGGAGACGCGGAGGUCACUGCAAUCCUACGUUCCAACUAUGACUUAGUUCAAGACCACGGCUAUCAAAUCCACAGCAUAGACCACGGGGAAAUUGAUGGCUGGAGACCCCAUCACAUGGAAAGAUCCCUCAAAGAUGCUCUCAGGCAUGGCCCUUUCGACUUUGUCUUGGUGACCAUGAAGAACUUGCCCGAUGUGUACUCGAUCCCGGAUAUUAUCCGUCCCGCGAUUACAGCCCAAACAUCAAUCGUGCUCGUUCAGAACGGCAUUGAUAUUGAGCAACCGUUACUGGAAGUCUUUCCAAACAAUAUCUUACUUUCAGGCGUCCCGUUGAUAGGGUGCGAACUCAACGGCCGCGAGAUGUUGCACAAUGACCCAGAUAUUCUUCAUAUUGCGUACUGGCCAAACCCGAAGUUUACACCGGAGGAUCAGAGCAACGCGUGCACCGCAUUUGCUCAGAUUUACAACAAUGGUGGCGCCAAAUGCAACAUCCAGACGGAUAUCUCUUGGUUCCGCUGGCGAAAGCUCAUCUGGAAUGCUUCCUUCAAUACCGUCUGUGCCAUUACAAACUUGGACUCGGGCGUUGUUCAGGAUGCCGGUGGUCUGGACACCCUGAUCCGCCCAGCCAUGAAAGAUAUCGUGGCAGUUGCUCGAGCAGCGGGGCAUAUGUUCUCCGAUGAGAUCCUGGAUGACAUGGUCGCAUUUACGCCCAAAGAAGCCCGUUUGAAGCCGAGUAUGCAGGUUGACGCGAUAAGACAGAAGCCAAUGGAGAUUGAGGUGAUUUUGGGGAAUCCUAUUAAAACAGCGAAGAAACUUGACGAGCCGGUUCCAACUUUGGAAUUUCUCUACAGCGUUUUGCAUACCAAGCAAUGGGGUUUCUUGAAUUUGGAGAAGUGA